UUGCUCUGUUUGAUUGGUGUGCGGCGUCACCUAUGGCCUAUUGGGCUGCGCCAAUGGCAAAACUUAAACGUGGACCAGAUAAAACGAAAACAAUAUACAGGCCGGUUAUCAUCUAACAAGAAAAAAGAAAACGAAAACAAACGAUCCGUAAAGAAAUUCUGGUGGGACCCACAUCAGAAGCUCGAUCCGAGCCGUUGAACUGUUUGACUUUCUCCGAAGACUGGUCGAGUUCAUGAUUACAAGUAUACAGCGUCUGUAGCGGAUUUGCGAGAAGAGCAGAAUUUAAACGCGGAAUGGACUCAAUUUCGCAUCGAUUCUCGGCUAUAGCUUGCGGAGUCGAAAGGCAGUUUCUCUCAUCUUCCUACUCUCAGAUUCUCCGGUCGCCGGGUAGUAGCAGCAGAGACCAGCAAUGUCCGGCGGUAUCGCCCGCGGCCGUCUGGCGGAGGAGCGGAAGUCUUGGCGCAAAAACCAUCCUCAUGGUUUUGUUGCGAAGCCAGAAACUCUGCAGGAUGGAACUGUGAAUUUGAUGGUGUGGCAUUGCACCAUCCCUGGGAAGGCUGGGACUGACUGGGAGGGUGGAUAUUUCCCACUCACCCUCAACUUCAGCGAAGAUUAUCCUAGCAAGCCACCAAAGUGCAAAUUUCCUCAAGGUUUCUUCCACCCUAAUGUUUACCCAUCAGGAACCGUCUGUUUGUCCAUCCUUAAUGAGGACAGUGGGUGGAGACCAGCUAUUACAGUGAAGCAAAUUCUAGUUGGGAUCCAGGACUUGCUGGAUGCCCCUAACCCUGCUGAUCCUGCACAAACUGAAGGCUAUCAUCUCUUCAUCCAGGACCCUACCGAGUAUAAGAAAAGGGUGCGCCAGCAAGCAAAGCAAUAUCCUCCACUAGUGUAGCAGGAACCUCGUUGCUUCUAGUUUUGCUUCUCGUUAUUUGGAAAUUGUCAGUUGUUUGCAGUUGUGGACUGCUAUGGCUUUGCUGUUGUCCGUGAAAAGAAACAAAACUGUUGGUGCUCAGUAAUUGUGAAUUGUGCCUCUAUUUACUAACUGCAUGGCUGAGCUGGCAUUUUGUCACAUCCCAGAAGUGUGGAUUAUUAACUUUGGUAUAUAUAUAUUAAGUUUUAUGUCAACAGUAAACCAGUCAGCCAAACAGUACUACGCAGUGGUAUUUAUACCCGAAGAAUUUGUGACAUUCUGAGUUUUAAUGUGAUUCUUGCUGAUCCCCUGCUUCUCAUGCUCUUCACCGUAUUUCACUACUUGCAGCAUCUGCAUAAACUGUGUUGCAAUUUGCAUAUUAGUAUUACGAUCAGUGGAUGUGUAAUGUGACAGGAUCCCCAGAAAUGCCAAGUUUCUGUUCCGAUGGUUAGCCCUCGAGUUUUCUGCAGGUCAAUGGCAACGGAUCUGCAGCUGUCCGAAAGCAGCUGCUGGGUGGUAAACACGAUCGAUGGUGUGGCUCCUGUCCAUGUCUUAUCAAGCUACGUUUUAGUUUACAUUUCUCAGUGCCUGCUGUGUUGAAAACACUUUGGCAGCUGUUCCUCAGUAAAUUCCUCUUCCUUCCCGGACCCCGGUAUAGCAGCAAUCUUGCGUACUUCUCAAAUGAAGCUUUGUUUCGCGCUGCAUAACUUCUUUGGUGCGUUGAGGAUCUCAUUCUGCAUUCAUUCUUUACCUUUAAGCGAUCGGUAUAUACUCGCACUUCCCGACUUCGGCAAGGAACAUUUGAUGUUCAAGUAUGCUGAGCACUAAGAAAGUAAUAAACCUUGCCUGUAAUAAACGCCAAGUAAACUU